UUAGCUUAGCUAAUGGAGGCGAUAGCUAAAAGUAAACACAAGUGGGCUUAGGAUGUUAUAACGUCUUACCUACUGAUGUAUAUAAGGCCUCUGAGAUGGAUGACAUCAAUUUACACUACAGAUUUCUGAACUGGCGGCGUAGGAUCAGAGAAAUCAGAGAAGUCCGCGCUGUUCGUUAUCAAGAGCGAUCCAAACGAAUGUUGAAGAAUGGAGACACGCUAAGUUACCAAGGGAACUCUGAUGAAGUUGGCUGCUACGUGGCUCCACGCCCCUUAUCAAAAGGAAACUGUUACUUCGAGGUGACCAUUAUGGAUACUGGAGUGAGAGGGACGAUUGCUGUCGGGCUGGUUCCUCAAUAUUAUAAACUUGACCAUCAGCCUGGCUGGCUUCCGCACUCAAUCGCUUACCAUGCUGAUGAUGGGAAGCUAUACAACGGCAACCCUGUCGGUCAGCAGUUCGGACCUAAAUGUAACCGGGGGGACCGAAUCGGUUGCGGAAUCUAUGCAGACUCUUUUGAUGCUGGACUCAUCACUGUGUUCUUCACAAAGAAUGGCAAGGAGGUGGGGUCAGUGGUGGUGCCGGUGGCUCCAGAUGGGCUUUUCCCUGCCAUUGGCAUGCACUCCCUCGGCGAAGAGGUACGGUUGGACCUGCAGGCGGAAUGGGGUUCAGAGGAGGAGGACAGCGUCAUGAUGGUGGACAGCCAUGAGGAUGAAUGGGCACGCCUGUAUGAUGUCAGAGUCAGCGGCACGCUUCUGGAAUAUGUUGGGAAAGGGAAGAGCAUCAUGGACGUGGGUCUGGCUCAGGCCCGGCAGCCCCUCACAACACGAAGUCACUACUUUGAAGUGGAGAUUGUGGAUUCUGGAGAGAAGUGCUACAUCGCCCUGGGCCUGGCAAGAAGAGAUUACCCAAAGAACAGGCAUCCGGGCUGGAGUCGAGGUUCUGUUGCAUAUCACGCCGAUGAUGGGAAGAUCUUCCAUGGAAGUGGAGUAGGUGACCAGUUUGGCCCUCGCUGUUUCGAAGGGGACAUCAUGGGCUGUGGAAUUAUGUUUCCUCGCGACUACGUGCUGGACUAUGAAGAUGAAAUUGACGACUGGGAUGCUGCUGAUGUACGACCAAAGCAGGGCCGUGUCGAAAACUUACUGUAUUUGAAUGAUGAAGAUGAGGAAGAGGGAGAUGACCCAGAACAAGAACAUGAGGGCCGGAAGGUUAUGGUGUUCUUCACCCGGAACGGCAAGAUAAUCGGCAGGAGGGAGGUGGUGGUCCCGGUCGGAGGGUUCUACCCCACUAUCGGGAUGCUCAGCAGCGGGGAAAAGGUGAAGGUGGACCUCCAUCCACUCAGCGGAUAAUAAACCAGGAACUGUGCACAUCAGCCAGACUCACCCACAAAAGAGCUAGAAACUUAUGCUGAGAUUUCUGUUAUUUCUUUAUCUCUGAAGGCACUUCCGAAAAGUUUAACCUGUCUAACACGUUCACUCCAGUGCAUGUCUCACGGUAGAGCAUAUCUACAGCGUUCACCUCGGCUUAAAAACGGUUUACUGUGAAGCCACAAAUGUCUAAUAUUAGGCCUCAAAAGAACUGUUGUACGAAGAUACAUUUAGUUUAUUAAAAAUGCAUAGAAAAUAUUGAAUUAUAUAUUUUUAAUGUACUUGUACAUAUGUAAAUGUAUGUAUUGGCUGCUACACAAAACAUUUAUUUUGCUAAAUCAAUCAUGAAUAUUAAUAAACAGACGGACACCCUAGAGAAAGUUAAAGAUUAGGCAUGAGGGGGUUAAUAAUUAUGAAUUAUUAUAAUAUUGUCCAAACAACGUCACAGUUUUCCACAAGCACUCCCUCUCACAAAUGACUUGUGAAGGUGAUUGAAGCAUAUUAUGGUUGUGAUUUGUCUGAAUGACAUGUUUAAUCAAGUGCCAUUUUUUGCUGUAAUUUCUGUCUAAAAAUGAAUGGUUGAGGGGGUUGUGCUUGCCUGUGAAUGGCAUGAAUUAAUUGCUAAUUGCGAUGUCAUCUGAUCUGAGGCAAGUUGUAUUGUCUCCGGUUGUAUAUCUCACACCGCCAUCAGGAAACGCCAUACAGAAGCUCCAGACCAGAGAUCGGCUACUUUUUGUUCAUUCGUCUAUGAAUGCAUCUUUACAAAUCGAUUGAAGUUCAUUUCUUUAAAUGUAGAAUUUUACUUUAGUCUGUGGACGGUUUAUCAGAUAUUUCAGGGCAGACGCCACUUUGGAGUCAGGUUUAAAACAAUGGAGCUGUUUAUUCAGGCAUUGUCCACUGUAAUGUGAACUGAUCCGGUUCACAAAUGCCACAAGCACUUUAAAGAUGCCUCAACUUAAGCUGGUAGUCGGAUGGGCGAGCGGCCAUGAUUCUGCCCAUUUUGCACACCUCGCUGUUGCAAUUAUGCGCUUUCUCUUCUCUUCUGUUACAUAUCACUUAUGGAACAAAAAGCUUUCACAUUGCAUACGUUGCCAAAAUGUAAUAUGGGUAUGGGUUUUCCUUCUUGUUUUAUGUAAAUGGCAUCAUUCAGUGAUGUUAAACUUUUCUCUAUAUUGCCCUAAUUUAGGUGCCUCGGUUGCAUCCUACAGUUUACUAGCCAGGACAUUGGUUAUGUUUUCUUACUGCAGUGUAUACUGUUUAUAAUUAAGUGAUGAAAAUGGAAAGUCGAGGUGUGCGCAUUGCAUUAUGGGACACGUGUGCACGUUUUGCCAUUUUAAGGGGUGUUGCCGGUGUUUUAUGCAUAAAUGUUAAUGCUAUGCACAGUAUACAAUAUACUGCAGAAAUGGAAAUAGUCUGCUAUUCUGAAUAUAGCCAUAAUCAUAUUUGUCACAUUGGUCUUCAAAGGGCAUCGGUUUAUUCAUUUGAAAGAAUAUCAGUGGUUUAUUAUCCUGCAUGGUUUAUUCUGCAACAUAUAUUCUGUGAGAAUCAUGAGGUUGUUAAUGAAAAAAAUGAAUCUCUUUAGAGAGAGGAAUGGAAAUCACAGUCGACUAAAGCUCUUCCAUUUAGUGGUGAAAUGAAUAUUCCAGAUCAGAUCAUUUAACAUAAAGAAUUGCUUGUGUUCCAGACAUAAAUUGACAGCGCAGGGAAGCCAAAACCAAAUACCUCUAUCAGUUAAGCUUAUUCAAAAAGCCAAGUGGUUGUCCUCUCCAAGAUCAUCUGAAUUCUUCGACUGGAAUGUGGUUGCUUGGCGCAUAAAUGGGCGAUGAUCGUUUUGGGUUCUCACAGUCUUACUAAAUGGAGAUUUGCGUUGAAGAUGUUAUGUUGUUUUAUUUGUAGCAUGCACUCUUUUGCUAAUGUGUAUAUAAUAAAAGAGUUAUUUCCACACAAACUGUA